AUGAUCUUACUAAUCAGCGUUGUUCUGAUUGUGCCUCUCCAACUUCUCUAUGGUUUAAAUGCUGGUGAUCUCUAUCCAAGCUAUAGCUUAUCGCAAGAUCCACUUAAAGUUCUCGAAUGGUCGGACAAUCGUGCAUUGGCGUAUGUAACAACCGUUCGAUUAUUUGAUUACGAUCAUCAUAUAUUUCAAUACCGUCGGUAUCCAUGUCAAUAUUUCUACACUGAUGAAAUACAAUUGUUUUCUAACAAUGAAACGUCAAAUCAAUGUUCGUACAACACGACAACGAAUGAGUAUCACUACAAUUUUCAACUACACUUUGAUUCGCGUCAUGUCGAACCGUAUAUUUUGGAAAAUAUUGCUGUACAAUGUGAUUAUAUAAAUUGUAGUCUUUCGUUAUUGAAUAUAACGUACAUUUUCAUCGGCUGGAACUUAAAAGGUCGAGAUAAUAACCCUGAUUGCUCAUUCGACAUCGAUCAACUCUAUUAUGUUCUUCAUAUGCCUUACACCAUCUCCGAAGUGAUUACACUCCGAUGUAAAUCAUUAGCGGCUUGUAAUCAGUCGAAAUACAAUAUCGAACAAGCGUUACCAUCACAAGUUCAAUUGAUCUAUGGUUCAUCUUACGAACUGGAAGCUCCAUACUGUUCGUUAGAAAAAAGUCUUAGUUACAUUAUAGAAAAGAAUUUAGCGGAAACAAAUCGUCUCUUACAAAAAUUAGUCGGUUUGAUAGAACGAGGUUUUGGUCAUUCGAAUGCAAAUGGACAAGCGAAAAUGAACGACUAUGUCGAACAGGCUUCGAACAAAUCGAACGAAAUUUUCGUAAAGAACAACUCGAAUUGA